AUGAGCUUCAGUGAACUGAGGAUGUCCGAGUCUGAGAGUACUGCUGCUGAUACGAUCUCCACACGUUCCAUCACUUCCUAUCAGUCUUCACGUUCCGGACUCACACGCCAAGGCUCUACCUUCAGACCACUGAAAGAUGACAAGAAACGUGGGAAGAGCAAAUCGAAGGGGAAAAAGGCGGGUACAGUUACAGGAAUACCAAGACAUGUACAGAAAGAACUGGGGCUUGACCGUGCUGCAUGGAUAGCAUCCCAGUUCACUGAUGCUCAGUUGUCCAAUGGAGGUGUAAGCAUUUCCACCGUCAUUCCCACUCUGGAUAGCAUAUCCAUCGCCUCGGUCCCAGACGGAGCAAUAACCCAGCUGCAGAACAUGAACAGGCUUCAGGCAGUAACGGAGGAUCAACCACAGCUCCCUCCACAGGAAGGACAGCAGGAUGACACCUCUCUACUCCGGCACCUGUUACACCAGUCGUUUGACCCAGAGUGUCCAAAUUCACAAGCCAGUCCCUGGAUGACCACAUCAGGCACCUCUCCAUCCAGUCCAGUAAUGUAUGUCUCCCCUGAGGCAACAUACAUGUCCAAGAUCAUCCCAAAUGCGGUACUGCCUCCGUCUGUGGACGUGGUUGAACUCAGCCGCAACAGAAGUCACAGUAGCGUUCGCAUGGUGAGCAAGAGCAGCCUAGCAUCGGCCAGUCCGGCUCCGUCAAGAGCCUCAUCCCGGGCAUCCUCACGGUUCUCCUCACGAGCUCCAUCAGUGAUGUCCUCACGGAUCUCUUCUCGGGCUUUUACCCAUCGGACUGCCACCCUCUCAGAGUCCUCUGGCUGGAGCUGCUCGGGAUCAUCCGAAACACUGGUCUCCGAUUCUUCCACCAUUUCUAGCAGCAGCACUCCUCGAGUGGCCAGCAGGACAAGUCAGGCAGAGGAAACAGAUGGACCAUCAAGAACUCCUUCUCCACCAAUGAUCCCUCUUCCUCCACCACUGUUCCCUCCUCCUCUGGAGGCAGUCCCUACUCCCCCAAACCAAACCCUACCAGAUGUAUCCUCAGAGCAAGCCGAAAUCACGUCCACACCAUCUAAUAUUCCUCCACCACCACCAUUACCCACUGAUCUCAAGAAAGUAGUCAAAGCUAUCACAGCUGACAAGCAGGAGAAACCGCCACCUCUGCCAACCACCCACACAGGUGCGACUGCAGAGGAAAGUCCUACCCCAAUGGUCACACCGUCUUUAUUACAGAAUGUUCGUCUCAGGUCAAUCAGAUCCAACGUGAACCAAACUGAAACAAAUGGUGGACUUCGAAAACCAAAGCAUCAAACUAAUCAAGACACACCCCAAAAUCCAAUAAGAAGAUCUCUGAUUUUGGUUUCACCUGAUCUUCCCUCGCAGUCAGCUACAAAUCAAAAGGAGGACACUCUGCCCACUACCUCUGUAUGGGAGAAUCCGAGCACUACUCCUCCAUCAGACACCCAACCUGAAACUGAACCAAAGAGCAGGAUUGAGCAGGUUUCACUGGAUGUAAAGCUUGAACCCAACAGCCAAGUCCACAUCACAGACCAGAAAACUCAACAAGCAAACACUGAACCAGUCAAAGAGUCCGUGUCUGCUGAGACAGUCCCCCAAAUACCAAACAAAGCAGAACCUGAACCAAAGAUCACAGUGCAGGAAAUUCAAAAUGCAACACCUGAACCAUCAACUACACUAACCCCUGCUGAACCAAAAGAUCAAUCCAUUGCAAAUGAGGUAAAAGAAAUCCAAAAUGACGCUGUUAAAACCGAAGAUAAACAAAGUCCCCAACCACAGCAAGAUGUUAAACUUCCAAAGCCUCAAACUUUAAUCGCCACAUCUAAAUUCAAUCCUGCUCAGAAAGUGCCUCCAGCUAGCAUUUCAUCUUCCAUUAGUCUCCAGGAGGCCAUUCGUCUGAAAACCACUGCCAUAUCAUCUACAGACAACCAAGCAACAUGCCUGAGCCUGCUGCAUUCCCCUCCGCUGUCCCCAGGGGCCAUCUCGCAGACGUCCACGGCAAACUUCAUCUUCUCCAAAAGCCAGAAGAAGGUGGUCAUCGAGAAAUCUCCUUUAUCUCCAGAAUCCAAACCAGAUCUGAGGAAGACCCUGGUGCACGAGUUGAAUUCUGUUUCUCAAACAUUCAAACCUGCUGCUGAUCCCCGGAACACAAAAGCCAAAGUCCCGCCUCCAGUUGUGAAGAAACCCAGUGCGAAGAGUGAAAAGAUUACCCAUAAUUCCUCAGAGUGUCAUGUGGACACUGAGCAUGUGCAAACUGCUGGUCAGUGAGCACUGCCAGAGAAGAGAAGGUAAGGCCUUCUGACUUUUAUUUUUAUCCAAAAUAAAUCCAAAUGUCUUCAAGAGCUACAACACUGUUGCUCUCGGGUGAGGAAUGCGACCGAAACACAACUAUUAUUAGAUUCCAGAAAUGAGAAAUGACAUUUGAAACUCUGUUGAAUGAGCACACAAGUCCCAUUUGGAGUUCAUGUUUUACUGAACUUGUCUUUGUCAUCCAGCAGGUGAUGGACAAGUCAACGCCCGGGACGCUGUUACUUUUCAAAUUCAUCCACUGUAAUGAAUUCCUAUAAGCUGAGCAGUCACUGCCAGAAGGUGGCGCUCUUUAGUGUGCGUGAUGAACAAGAAACUGAAGUGACGGCUCUCGGAGAGAGAAGGUCUCUGAAUGUUGAAGUGGAGAAAAGAAUGAUGAAGGGGGACAAGAAGAAGUAAAGAAUGAGGAAGAGGAAGAAAAAAGACUGGCUGUGAGUGGAAUGAAUGGAAGAAGGAAAAUUGAUGAGAAAAACAUUGAGAACGAAAAGAAAGGACAAAGAAAGGAAUGAGGAACAUGGACAGUGAGAGAGUAGAAACUCGUGAGAAUUCUUUAUUUGUAAAACAGUAGAAAAGCUUUGUGUUGUUUUUUCGCAGAAGGUGUUGGUCUUUCUGACAUUAAGAGAAUUUAUGAUGUAAAUAAUUUUCUGUACAGUUAAAACUUUCUGCCCAGAACAAAUUUAAAUGGGUCUAUUGACUGGACCUUCCUUAAUUAUGUUUGAUUUUAAUAUAUGACAUUUCUUUGUGCACUACUGUCCUGUAUUUUGGGAAUCACUGAAUAAGGACUUCUAUAAGUUCCUUAAUUUCUGCUCAAUGAUUUAAAAAAAACAAAAACACAUGUCUAACUUAUUGUUUAGAAAGAACGAUCCCAUGUUCACCCGAACCCUGGAGUUCUUUCUGCUCCGGGUUUGUUUAACUGCUUUUCUUUUGCUUAUUGUCCUUUUUAUGAUUUGAUUUCAGAACUAUCGGAGAUAUUUACACAAAGCAGUAUCGCAUGUUUGAAAUGUUAUAAUUAACACCAGGCAUUUUUAUGGUGGCCUGCAAUCGCUUUCCUUUAAAGAGCAGUAUGUUAAUUUUUUCCAUUUAUUAUUUUUUAAACACACAGAAUAAUCACUGGAUUAUAACCAGGUCUUUCUUCAAAAUGUACAAUAUUAAACAGUCUGAAGUACGCAUCUGUCUGUCUGCAUCAACAACAUGCACGGAUGUGAAAUCUCCGCGUUUCCGCGGAAAUCCGCGUUUUUCAAAUUGCC